CCCUUUGAUUCCCAUUGGAUGACUGACACACCAGAGACUGUUCCUAGAUGCUUUUGGAAGUGACAGAGGGAGGAAUAACAAAAAUUGCAAGCAUCACGUUUUCAAAUGACAGCAAAAGAGCCAAAAGAGAUAAGACAUCACCACGUUAAGAGGACAUGGCCUCUCUUUAUCCAGCUGAAGUGAUGAAGUCUGCUCAAAACAUUGAUGUGAAAGACAAAAAGAUAAUUCCAGUCAUGCAAAAGCCACUUCCAGGUGGUUCAGUGGCUCGGCAUGAAAUCAUUCCUUGCCAUAUCUCAGAGAAGGUAAACACUGCAUUCAACAGGAACAAGGACAUGGCCUCUCUUUAUCCAGCUGAAGUGAUGAAGUCUGCUCAAAACAUUGAUGUGAAAGACAAAAAGAUAAUUCCAGUCAUGCAAAAGCCACUUCCAGGUGGUUCAGUGGCUCGGCAUGAAAUCAUUCCUUGCCAUAUCUCAGAGAAGGACAUGGUAUCUUUUUAUCCAGCUGAAGUAAUGAAGUCUCCUCAAAACAUUGAUGUGAAAGACAAAAAGAUUAUUCCAGUCAUGCAAAAGGCACCUCCGGAUGAUUCAGUGCCGUUCUGCUGUGAACUUCCUUUUCCCCUAUUUGACCGUGACAUGUUGACUAAAAAGGAGCAGGACGAGGAUUUUCUAGAGGAUCUGCAAUGGGAGUUCCAGCAAAUGGAAGAACAGCUCAAGGAGCAGCAAGAGGAUCUGCAGGACGAGUUCAAGCAAAUGGAAGAACAGCUCAAGGAGCAGCAAGAGGAUCUGCAGGACGAGUUUGAGCAAAUGGAAGAACAGCUCAAGGAGCAGCAAGAGGAUCUGCAGGACGAGUUCAAGCAAAUGGAAGAACAGCUCAAGGAGCAGCAAGAGGAUCUGCAGGACGAGUUUAAGCAAAUGGAAGAACAGCUCAAGGAGCAGCAAGAGGAUCUGCAGGACGAGUUCCAGCAAAUGGAAGAACAGCUCAAGGAGCAGCAAGAGGAUCUGCAGUACGAGUUGUACUAAAUGUGAGAGAGAAAGAGAGAGAAAGAGAGAGAGAGAGAGAGAGAGAGAGAGAGAGAGAGAGAGAGAGAGCACAUACUCACAUUGCUGGAUUUAUACACAUUUUAUUUUUCUUUUAAUUAUGUUUUAUUACUUAUUUGUCAUUGCUUUGGCAAGUCUGUUCUGAAACAGUCAUGCUAAUAAAGCACUGAUAAUAAGGUUUAUGUCUGAUUUGAUUAAAACAAAGUUUACAUUGCA